AAAUUCAUGUUGAAAUUAAUGGCGUACGAUAAAUGUAUGUGACGCAAGUUAGCGUUUUACGGCAUGCGUUUGUUAAAUAAUUUAACAAGCGUAGGUUUUGCUCGGUUAUUGUUGUUGUCUUCGCUCACAUGACCCAUCUUUAAAGUAGUACAAUACUUAGAAAUAUGUCUCGCGAGUUUGAUCACCUCUUCAAACUUCUGAUUAUCGGUGACAGUGGUGUCGGUAAAAGUUGCCUCCUCCUACGGUUCGCCGACAAUACUUUUUCGGGCAGUUACAUUACAACGAUCGGUGUCGAUUUCAAAAUAAGGACUUUAGAAAUAAACGGUGAGCGAGUGAAGUUACAGAUUUGGGAUACGGCUGGGCAGGAACGGUUCAGGACCAUCACCAGCACGUACUACAGAGGAACUCACGGAGUUAUCGUUGUUUACGAUGUCACUAAUGGGGAGUCUUUUGCUAACGUGAAGAGAUGGUUACAUGAGAUUGAGCAGAAUUGUGAUGUCGUCAAUAAGGUUUUAGUUGGUAACAAGAAUGAUUGUCCGUCGAGGAAGGUAGUUGUAACUGAAGAUGCCCAGAGAUUUGCCACACAAAUGAAUAUACCAUUGUUUGAAACAAGCGCUAAAGAAAAUAUCAAUGUCGAAGAAAUGUUUCUCACAAUCACAAAAAUGGUACUACGGUCAAAGUUGGAAAUGAAAGAGAGACAGAAUGUUGCUUCAAAUGAUACCGUACACCUUAAGAAAAGCCACAAGUCGAAAGUGAAGAAGUGUUGCUAGUGAACACAUUUGGUGGCUCUCGGCCAGGGAUGUCGCUACAAUGCUCAAACACUACAAGAUCUUGCACAACCCUAGCAGGAACACUGGCACUAUGGCCUUUAAAAUACCAAUGAAAUAGACCAUAACUCUAUAUAGUGUUUUAUAGUUACAGUGUAUUUUCACAGCAUAGCGUCAAGUAAUAAAAUUCUAGUUGAUUUUUGUACUUUAACAGAUAAGGUAGAUGAAUAAUAUGAUAAUUCUGCCACUUUCUAAAGCUUCCAUUGCAAUAUUUUCACUUUUUUGUGUUGUGCUGGGUUAGUCUCACCGUUGAGCAUUUUAUGUGGUUCUUUUGACUCCAAAAAUUAAUUAGGUUAUAGCAAUGCAUAGUAAAUGCGUAUGAUUGUAUACUCAAUAUCAACAUUUAUGUGAUGUGUCUUGAAUUGUAAAGGGGAAUGUCUUAUUAGGAAUGUAUACCACUUAAAUGUAACUUUAUUUUUACAAUUAGUGUAUUGGAUGUGUAUGAAAUGCACUGACCUCCAUUAUAUAAGUAUGCUGGACUUAUGAUACCCUUUGAA